AUGGCACUGCAAGAGAAGCGGUCUCUCGUGCAGUUCGGCCUGAACCGCCGGCUGCUGCGCUGCGUGGGCCUGUGGCCCGAGGAACGGGGCAGCCCGUGGCGGCCGUCCCUGUGGCCGAACGCGCUGCUGCAGCAGGGCAGCCUCGCCGCCAUGGUUACCAGCGAGCUGGCGGCGCUGCGCCAGUACUGGGGUGGCGAGCUCAGCCACACCACCAUCAACGCCUGCAUCAUCCUGCUGGUGGCCGUCGCCCUCUGCAAGGCCUCCUCCUUGGUCUCCCUGCGUCGGCCCAUCAUACAGCUCAUGCACACACUUCAGAACACUUCCGUGCCUCAGAACGAAUGGGAGGAGCGCAUCUACUCCGGAGCUGCGAGGCACGCACGCCUGCUCACUCUGGUGCUCUGCGUCGACUACGCUAUUGUGGCCUUCAUCUGGGACUCUCUGCCGCUCCUCAACUUCAUGCAGCAGUCGCCGGAACGACGGUACAAUAAUAGCGACGCCAUAUUCUCACAGUACCCGAUCAUAGCACUGUACCCGUGGGAGGUGCAGUCUGGUCCCGCCUACGCGUUCACGUUCACCCUUCAAGUGCUGUGCGGUGCCAUCUUCACCAUGACGCACCUGGCGUGCGACACGUUCCUGAUGUCGCUCGUCAUCCACAUCUGCAGCCAGAUAGACGUGCUACGCGCCUCGCUGCAACAGCUGGGCCGGCGGGCCGAGCGCGCAGAUGCGGAGCUGUGCGUGGGCCGCCUUGGAGGAGGCGGUGACCGGGACAAAGCCCUCUGUGGCCAGGGCUCCGAGCAGGAGCUGUACCAUGAGCUCGUGGCCUGCAUAAAGCACCACAAGAACAUCAUAGGGUACGUCGACGUGUUGCAGCAGGUGUUGAGUCCCGUGGCGCUGGCACAGUUCAUGUGCAGCAUGGUCAUCAUCUGCCUAUCAGGCUUUGGCAUAGCGAUUUCUAAUGACUUUGGCGCCCUCUGUCGGUACUGUGUAUACUUCACUGGAGCAGCCAUUCAGCUCCUAAUAUUUUGCUGGUAUGGAGAAGUACUGAUCACAAAGAGCGAGCGAGUCAGCGAGGCAGCCAUGGGCUGUGGCUGGACGGAGGUCAGGGGCCGCCACUUCAAGAGCUCUGCCCUAAUCCUCAUGAUCCGAGCUCAGCGGCCACUCGCUCUCACGGGCAGCAAGUUCUACGUCAUCUCGCUCAAGACGUUCGUGCAGUCGGGUCGAGUCUUUGUUGAGGAGCAGUACAGCUUGGUGGCGAGGGAAAAUGAUAACAUCAUGCAUAAUGUAACAGAAUAA